AAGUAGAAGAAUGGAGCUUGGAUUUGUACCUCAGAGCAGAUUUUGGUCAUCACUCCUCCUUGCCUUCCUUCUCCCAUGCAUGAACUGCAUAGGAAUUGAUUCCCCCGCCUUGGGAAAUGAGACGGAUCGAUUCGCCUUGAUCGCAUUCAAGGAUCGGAUAUCCUACGAUCCUUUCCAGGUCUUCAACUCAUGGAACGAUUCCCUCCAUUUCUGCAAGUGGGAAGGAGUCACAUGCAGUCGCUGGCAUCCUCAAAGGGUCACUUCCUUGAAUCUUGGGUCCCACAGAUUGGUGGGGCUCAUAUCACCUCACCUAGCAAACCUCACCUUCCUGAGAAGUAUCAACCUCUCGAGCAACAGCUUCCAUGGUGAAAUCCCACGAGAAAUGGGCAGGCUCUUCCGGCUUCGAGAUCUUAAUCUGAGUUAUAAUAUGCUGCAAGGAGGAAUCCCCGACAAUCUGUCCAACUGCUCGGAACUCAGAUCUAUCAUUUUCGAUAAAAACGAGCUCGCGGGGAGAAUUCCAGUCGAGCUUAGCUCACUGCCAAAGCUCAUGACAUUGAAUCUUGGCCGCAACAAUCUCACCGGCAACAUCCCACCGCCACUCGGGAACCUCUCGUCUCUUGUUACUCUCUAUCUAUAUUAUAAUGGUGUGGAAGGAAGCAUCCCAAAUGAGCUAGGACGGCUAGUGAAGUUACAAAAUCUUGAUAUAUAUUCAAAUAACCUGUCUGGUCUCAUCCCACCAUCGCUUUACAACCUUUCAUCCAUCGUUGAGUUCUGUGUGACAUCUAACCGACUUCAUGGAAAGGUUCCAGCCAAUCUCGGUCUCACCCUUCCCAAUCUCAAACAUCUUCACCUUUCAGAAAAUGCAUUUACCGGGCCAAUACCAGUUUCAUUACCCAAUGCUUCAAAACUUGCUGUUAUUAGUUUUGCUAAUAAUAAUUUUAGCGGACCUGUUCCUGGAAAUUUGGGAAGAUUGCAGGAUCUCCAUAUCCUAUUUGGACUUGGUAAUCAUCUUGGAGGUGGAGAAGGAGAUCAUGACUUGAGUUUCCUCACUUCUUUGACCAAUUGCAGUCAUUUGGAAGUAGUACAUCUCCAUUCCAAUCGACUGAGAGGAGAACUUCCUGCCAGCAUUGUCAAUCUCUCUAUCCACCUAAAAAUACUAGAGUUAGGAGAAAACCCGAUAUCCGGAAGCAUCCCAACAGAUAUUAGUAAUCUCUUCAACUUAAAUAGGUUUGGUGUAUAUAGGUGCUUUGUGAUGGGUAUUAUUCCUAUCGGUUUUGGGAAGCUUCAAAAUUUGCAGGGAUUGUAUUUGUACAGCAACAGACUUUCAGGACAAAUCCCAUCCUCCAUUGGCAACAUCACUCAGUUAGUUGAACUCAAUUUAGAUGAAAAUCGUUUGCAAGGAAGUAUCCCUUCGAGUCUUGGAAACUGUCGUCAUCUUCAAACAUUAGGUCUUCAUAGAAACAAGCUGAAUGGAAGCAUACCCAAAGAAAUUUUAAGUAUUCCUUCCCUGGUCACACUUGAUAUAGGCCAGAAUUCUUUGGUUGGAUCUCUACCACCGGUCAUUGGUAAGUUGGAACUACUUCAAUAUUUGUUUUCUGCUCACAACAAAUUGAUGGGUGAAAUUCCUAGUGAGAUAAACAAUUGUCUGAGCCUUGAAAUCCUUAAUUUGAGCAAUAACUUAUUUCAAGGAGCCAUUCCUCCGGGUUUGAGAAACUUAACAGGUAUUAAACUGCUAGAUUUUUCUCAUAAUAACUUGUCUGGGCAUAUUCCAGUAGCUCUAGAGAAAUUUCCAAUUCUGGAGUACUUGGACUUGUCAUCCAAUAAUCUCAAUGGCCCAGUCCCAACUCAAGGGGUUUUCAAAAAUUCAAGCAAAUUUUCAGUGCUUAGAAACAAGGAGCUUUGUGGAGGUGUCCCACAAUUACGGCUGCCAGCAUGCCCAGAGAAAGCUCCUAAGAAACAUGGAAUGUCGAUCUCUCUAAGAGUAAUAAUCUCCAUGGUCAGUGUAGUUUUGGGUUUGAUUCUUUCAUCAUUUCUCUUUGCUACACUUUUUCGGGUGAGAAGAAAGGCAAACGAGAGGCCCUUGCCUGCCUUUUACUUAGAGGGCCAAUUUUUAAAUGUUUCUUAUGCGGAUCUCUUUAAAGCGACCGGUGGGUUCUCUUUGGAUAAUUUGAUUGGUGUGGGAAGUUAUGGUUCUGUAUACAAAGGACUUCUAGAUCAAGAUCAAACAUGUGUUGCAGUCAAAGUUUUCAAUCUACAACAAAGUGGUGCUUCUAGGAGUUUCAUGGUCGAAUGUGAAGCCUUGAGAAAUAUCCGGCAUCGGAAUCUAGUUAAAAUCAUAACUGCUUGCUCAAGCAUUGAUUUUGAAGGCAAUGAAUUCAAAGCUCUAGUAUUUGAGUACAUGCCUAAUGGGAGUCUAGAGAAGUGGUUGCAUCCAAGUGUACAUGGGAAGCAAGAGUUGUGGAGCUUGAACCUUAUUCAAAGGCUAGAUAUAGCCAUUGAUGUUGCUUCUGCAUUGGAGUAUCUUCAUCACCAUUGCCACAUGCGGGUCAUUCAUCGUGAUCUAAAACCAAGCAAUGUUCUACUGGAUGAUGACAUGCACGCCCAUGUGGGUGAUUUUGGAAUAGCAGGAUUCCUUUCUAGUGCUGCUGCUAAUACCUCUCAAGAUCAAACCAGGUCAUCUGGGAUAAAGGGAUCCGUUGGCUAUGUUCCUCCAGGUAAUAAUUUCUUGGUUUUUCUUUGUUCUUUUAUCUUUUUAUAAAUGCUUUGUAAAAGUUUUGAGAUAUCUAGCUAGAACUCACAGAUUCUCCAGCUCUUAAUGCUACUGCUAUUGUCACUUAUGUUCUUUAAAAAAAAUAAAAAGACUAAAAUACCUUUAUUUAUAUUCAAGAAAGGGCUAUACAGAACGUACUGAGUAACUCAGUAUGCUAAGGGUACUGAGUAAACUCUGUGGGGCCCACCGACAUUUAUGCAUUUUAUCACUCCGUACAUUCAUUUAACCAGAUAAUUUUUGGGCUUUAUCACAAAAAUGAAGCAUAUCCAAAGCCCAAGUGGACCACACCACCGUAAACAGUGUAAAUAGAAUGUCUAUUGUGGAAAUGUUCUUGGGAGCCACAGAAGUUUCAGAUCAAGCUGAUAUUUGUGUUUUUCCUUCAUCCAUGUCUGUGUAAUCGUGUGAUCAGGAAAAACAGUUGGACGGCAUGGAUAAACCACGUGCAUUCACAGUUGGCACAAUGGAGUUUACUUAGUACAAUAAGAGCGUAAAUGAAUAACUCAGUAUGCAAUUCAACUUCCGCAACCCAACCCCGACAAGGAAAAAUGGAAGAACAGGUGGAGAAGGGAGUCUCCCAUAGAACGAAAUACCGGUCGACGUUGAGAGGGGCUCCCCACCUAGCUAGACCA